UGAAGAGAAUUUGAAAUUGGAACUUCACGACGAGCUCACACUCCUCUGCCCGACAUUGCUAGAGAUGGAAGGUGGAGUUGCGAGAGGCAAAGGUUCGUUGCCUCCGUCAAGUAAGCCGUCUAAGUUCUCCGUCUACCAGAACCCGGUGUUCUCCGCCGCUCUAACGACCAACAGCCUCCGCCCCUCUAAAUCUACUCUUCUUUCUAUCUUUUUCCUCUCUUCUGCUUCUGCCGUCGCUCUCGUCUCCAUCUCUUCCAGGGAAAACAAAAUAAUCAACAAGUUGAGAUUUCAAAGCUUUUCCAGAGAGGCAGCUUAUUUGUUUGCCAAGGCAAUACAGAUAACAGUGGGUUUAGUUUUUAUUGGAGCUAUGAGUGCCUUAUUCAAAGCCAUAUCUUUGCGUAAGUCAGGAAAUGUGGCUGGUGUUCCGGUUCUAUCUCCCUCUAAAGAAAAUAAGGAUCAGCCUCACUUAUCAAAUCGUCAACUAGGGCUCUUGGGAAUAAAGCCAAAGGUUGAACAAAUUGUUACUGAUUCUUCAAAGAAACCUCCGAAGUCCAAACCCUAUUCAGCAUCAUCAUCUCUGGACAUCCUUUUUCCUCUACAUCAGCCAAUGAUGGGUUCAAACAUUAAGCCUAAAGUUGUCUCUGAUGAAUCUAACUCCAGCAGCGGGAAGAAGCUAAAUUCGUACAGCACCCCAUCCAAAUCACAGGGCUCUCCUUCUUCUUUAUAUCUUGUCCCUGCAGCCAGCUCACCACUACGUUCUGUUCAAACUUCACCGGUGCUAGACUCAGUCAGUUCAACACCUUGGUCAAGUAAACGAGGAUCUGCCAAAGACAUAACAACCGAAGAACAGCUUGAACGAUUCUUGGCUGAAGUGGAUGAAAAAAUAACUGAAUCAGCAGGGAAACUAUCAACUCCCCCUCCCACCAUCAGUGGAUUUGGAAUGAAAAGUCCAAAUACCUUUACUAGUUCUGUUAAUACAUCUGGAACCACCACAAAGAGUACACCCUUGAGAACUGUCAGGAUGUCACCUGGUUCCCAGAAAUUUAGCACUCCCCCAAAGAAAGGAGAAAGUGAACUUCCUCCAUCAAUGACCUUGGAGGAGGCUAUUGAAUUUUUCAAGCAUUUGGGUAUCUAUCCUCAAAUUGAAUUGUGGCGUGACCGCCUCAGACAAUGGUUUUCUUCAGUUUUGGUUAAUCCUCUGCUUAACAAGAUUGAAACCAGUCAUAUUCAGGUAAUGCAAGCAGCUGCAAAACUUGGUAUUUCGAUCACAAUAAGUCAAGUGGGGAGUGAAAUAUCCCCUGGAGGAACUGCUGCUACUGUAUCUUCAACUGAUAGAACUAAGGAAUGGCAGCCAGCAGUUAAUUUUGACGAAGAUGGAGUUCUCCAUCAAUUACGUGCAACUCUCAGCCAGGCUCUUGAUGCUUCCAUGUCAAAUUUUCAACUGCCUAAUCCGCAACAGUCCCUGCAGCAAAAUCCUAUGACUCCUGUUAUACGGCAGUGUGUGGAUGCCAUUACUGAACACCAGAGACUUCAGGCAUUGAUGAAAGGUGAGUUGAUCAAAGGUCUACUACCUCAGAGCAGCGUUCGGGCAGAUUAUAUGGUACAAAGGAUCCGAGAUCUUGCUGAAGGAACCUGCUUGAAGAAUUAUGAAUAUAUUGGAAGUGGGGACAUGUAUGACAAAAAGAACAAGAAGUGGACUGCUGAACUUCCUUCUGAUUCUCACUUGCUCUUAUAUCUAUUUUGUGCUUUUCUAGAGCACCCAAAGUGGAUGCUACAUGUAGAUCCAACAUCUUAUACUGGAGCACAGUCUAGCAAAAACCCUUUGUUCUUAGGGAUCCUUCCUCCAAAAGAGAGCUUUCCUGAGAAAUAUAUCGCUGUCAUAUCCGGUGUUCCCUCAGUUCUUCAUCCAGGGUCUUGCAUAGUGGUUGUUGGAAGACAAAGCCCUCCAAUCUUUGCCUUGUACUGGGAUAAGAAGUUACAAUUCUCUUUUCAGGGAAGAACAGCAAUCUGGGACUCCAUCUUGAUUUUGUGCCACGAAAUUAAGGUUCGAUAUGGAGGUGUAGUUCGGGGAAUGCAUCUUGGUUCUUCAGCCUUGAGCAUUCUUCCAAUUGUUGAAUCAGAAACUGAAGACUGAUGAUGAGGGAGGCCAUGCUACUCCGUUGCAUCAGAUUUCUUAUAACUGCAGAAGUGACGGGUGUACCAGCUGAGACUUGUUUGAUUUUAGAAGAGCUGCUCAAAAUUUUAUCCCGGGUUAUUUGCUAACGAAGAUCAUUCUCCAAACAUUUCUCGUCAUAGUUCCCUGCUAAUCAGUCCCAAAAAAAGAGGGUCCCCAAUAAUGACCUCCUUAAUCCUUGGUUACUUGGCAACUCUCGCAGUGAUCCCAUGAAUGAAAUUCAUAUAUGAAAGAUCUGGUGAGACUCAAUCUUUUUCUUGCUUGAUAUCUCCAGGAAGAGAUUGUAAGUCGUUAGACUGAUAAUUGUUGUGUUAAGAGAGACCAUAUUUUGGUUAUGACACUGUCGGAUUGCGUUGUGGAAGGGAAAUUUUGGCCCUUUGAAAUGUAAUCAUCAAUUGCUCACAC